AUGUUCAGCAAUACUGGGGGAGAAGACACACACACAGCUCUCCCGCCUCCCACACCCGUCCCCCAGCCCUCGUUGGCCACGGAGGGUUCCGAGGACUCUGAGCCAGCCAACCAGGUGGCAGGAGAGGACGUGACCAGGGACGACAGAGAUGAGGCUCCUAUUGACCAAUCAGGGGGCGGCGGCGUGGAGGAUCAGGUGACUGAAUGUGGCCAAUUGGUGAGCCUGGAGGCGGAGACCGCUGCUGCCGAGGGGGAGGAAGAGGACUCUCUUCAGGUCAAGGGGAAAGGUUGGGGUGGAUGGGGCUCCUGGGGGAAGUCUCUACUGACCAGUGCCACGUCUACUGUGGGUAACAGUCUAACUUCAGUAAAGGAGAAGGCCGGAGCUCUGCGUCUUCACAGGAACUCAGUAGGAGAGGAGGCGCGAGAGGAGGGAGAGGAGGAGAGGAAGGAGGGAGGAGAGGAGGAAGAGGAGGAUAGCUGUCCUCAGUCAGCCCUUGUCUCCACUCCACCACCAAGCAGAGGAGUACUGUCUACCAUCACACACGCUGGUAAAUCAGUGAUCAGUGGAGGUCUCGAUGCCUUAGAGUUCAUCGGUAAGAGAACCAUGACGGUCCUGGCAGAGACUGACCCUGGUUUCAGGAAGACCAAGAUACUAAUGCAGAGGACUGUCUCACUCAGCCAGAUGCUGAAGGAUGCCAAGGAGAAGGAGAGGGCUCGUCUCAGCUGCCAGCCAAUCAGUGAGCCCACAGCUCACUACGGAAUCCUGUUUGAUGACUACCAGGGCCUAUCACACCUAGAGGCUCUGGAGAUUCUGGCCAAUGAGAGUGAGGCUAAGGUUCAGUCGUUCCUCUCCUCCCUGGAAGAGGAGGAUCAGGAGGAGAUAAAGAAAGAACUGAUCGCCAUAAAGGACAUCUUUGUCAGCCACACGGGAGAGGAGAAGGAGGAGGAGGGAGAGGAGAAGAAGGAGGAGGGAGAGGAGAAGGAGGAGGGAGAGGAGACAGUGGAUAGGGGUGAUCUAAGUCCCCAGUGUUCUACUCCUCUGUGUGAGUUACAAAGACCGAAUAGUGUUCCUUAACCACUGAUAAACACA